CCUGCCCUGAAGCGAAAAUCAAUAGUCGCCGCCAUAUUUUUUCACGCGUUUUCUUUAACGCGCUUGGACUCUCGAAAAUGUUUAGAUAAAUAAGUUAUUUAAGAACAAAAGUAGUUGAAAGUGUUGCCUAUUACUCGCAGGCCAGUGAAAAUUCAACAGAGCGCCCAUCUGACGCAUCGCAUUCAGUAAAUCCCAUUAAGAAUCUUCUUAGAACCGUGGUCUCCGGCAUCAGCGUUCGUGGGUGAAAAAGUGUGUGUGAAGCCAAAGUUGCCGAAAGCAAGAAGAGAGUAAAGAGCAUGGAAGUACCACAAGUGUCUUCUCCUCCGUCCGGUGGCCCACGUGGUGGAGGCGGUGGAUAUCGUGGACGCGGUGGUGGAGCCCCCAUGCGGGGAGGAUUCGAUCGCGGCCGUGGACGCGGACGUGGUGGCCACUUUAUGGGCGGCAUGCGGGGGGGCGGUGGAAUGGGUGGUGGACCACCCAUGCAGGGCAUGAUGUCCGGGCCGCCACGCGGAAUGCGCGGUCCUCGCGGUGGUCCUGGCUACCAGGGUCGCGGGGGUGGUGGCUACCAACCGCGUGGUGGCGGUCCGAUGGGAAUGCGGGGUGGACGUCCACCCAUGUAUCAACAACCUCCCAAACAACACACAGGUGCCGAAAACAACAAGACCGUGUCGCCAGUGCCCGCUUCCACGGCCAGUGCGGAUCAGCAGGGAGAGCCGGCCGCCAGUGAAGAAGGCACCGAUGGACAGACCCCGGCAUCAAGCGCUCCGCCCACCGGUGGCUCGUCUUCCAGCAAUGGCGGUGGACCCCCGCCCUAUAUGGGCCGCGGGCGCGGACGCGGUGGACCCUUCAGUGGACGCGGACGCGGUGGCGGCUACAACCCGCACAUGAACGGCAGCGGCGGCGGCAGCAUGUACGGCGGUCCUCACGGACACCACAGCAACUCGAUGGGUGGAGGUCCGGGCGGAGAUCACGGAUCAAUGCCGCGACGCGGAGCCCCACGCGGCAGGGGCGGUUACAAUCAAGGUAUGAGUCGGCCCCCCUUGCAUCACCAUCAUCAGGCACAUAAUUCCAAUACACAACUUGCACCGGUACCAGCUCUCAAACGCGGCGCACCCGGUGGUCCUGGGCCCAAGCGUGGACGCUACGAGGGCGGUCCCUACAGCCAGCGACCCAUGACGCCCAAGUAUCACACUCCCCAGCAGCAUAUGGGGGGCGGCGGCGGUGGUGGCGGAAGCAUGGCGCCCCCAUCCUCUUACGGAUCACCACCAAGCCAUCAUGCUCCUGCUCAGAGCCACCAUGGAUACCAGGCCCACGACCAGACCCAGCAGGUGGAUCCAUACGCCCAGAGCGGCUACAGUUCCCAGACCGCCCAGCCGGGCUACAACGGCUACGGCCAGAGCGGCGGCAGCAGCUACACGGGCCACACCUCGCAGGCCAGUGCGACAGCCAGCGGCAGCUAUGGAGCUCACCAGGGCACAGAGUACGAUCAAAGCCAGUACCAGAGCUACAACAGUUCCACAGGCUACACUGCGCAACAGGACACGCGCUAUCAGUACGGCCAGGACUACAGCCAACAGUACGGCUCGACUGCCGUUGACUACAACGCCACAGGCCAGGCCGACUACAGCCAGCAUGGUCAACAGAGCACUGGCUACGACGAACGCUCCUAUGCGGGCUAUGAUUCGCAGGCCUAUUCUCAGAACUAUUCGAAUGCAGCUGCUUACUACUAGACAACCGCAUCCGCUCCGCAUCCCACUCCCACUACUGAUGGCUUAAACGGAGAGAGAGAGAGAGAACAGAACGCUGCGCGUGCUCAGAUAGGCCGGGAGACCCAAAACUAAGGGAUUAGGGCAAAAAGAAAUCAAGUAAAUGGAGGGGAAAUUAAUAAUAUUUGCAGAAGAAACUUGAUAUAUAUGUAAUACACAACACUCACAUAGACCCUCAGAACAUAUAAUUUGUAGAUUUAAGAUUACAGUUCCCUUUUUCUUAGCAUUUAAGUAACUCGUGUUGCAACGUCUUUCUAUAUAAGCCCCGAACUAUAUUUUCCUUUUGUUUUCGUUUUGUCACUACCCCUCAAAACCAGAUGAAAAUAAUUAAAAUUUCUUGGAAUGCCUGUUAAUUAAUGUUUUGUUAGUAGACAUACGGAUCUAUCCGCACUGAGCUUCGGCCUAAAACAAAAAAAAAGAAAAGAAAACAACAGUCUGUGCUCCUCUAAAGCCUCAUUUAUAGUAAUGUUUCUACUGUAACCAAAGUAUGCUUAGAAUCAUAAUAUUUAUAUGACGGAAGCACGAGAACGAACGUUCAUUAUCACCUCGAUGAACCUACUAAAUUUUUAUAUUUUGUGAAAUAUGUCAUAUUGUACACAAGAGAAUGCAAUGUAUAGAUUUUAGUUGAUAAGCUCAAAACGAAAAAAACGAAAACAAUUCUAUGAACUCCCAAAAGUUUUGUUUCCACUCCCAAAAACUCGAGUAGUAUCUGAAAACAUUUAUGAUUUUGCAAGAUUGUUGCUUUAUUUACCAUAUUGACGUGAAUGACAGAAACAAGAAUUUUUUAUUUUUUCUCUUUUUUUUUUUUUUGUUUUUUUUAACAACUUUUUGAUAGCAACAAAAGUUUAUACUUAUGUAAUUCUUAUAAAAUAAGCUGAAAAAAAAAACCAAUAACGAAAUACACGAAAUAUAUUAGCAAAAGAUGCAAAAUCAUAACCAAUAUCAAAGUCAAUAAAAUAAUAUUCAAAAAUGUG